UUUGAACUGUACCAGUUUCACAAACAUGAACAGCAGAAUAAAUGCCAUUGAAUCAAAGAUCCAGCUGUUAGAGGAGGAACGUUUAACCCUGCCAGUCAGCAGUUCACCAGAGGGCUCAACGGACAACGAGGUGGACGGACCCCAACCCACUCCCAUCGGACCUCCAUCGCACCUGCCACCAGGAGGCAGAGGACUCCCGGGGCCCAUCGGACCACCAGGGCCUCCAGGUUUCGCAGGACCCCCAGGUCUGGCUGGCAGAGCAGGCCUCUCUGGACCCAUCGGACCAAAAGGUGACAGAGGUCAGGCGGGCGUUAUCGGUCUCCGCGGCCCUCCUGGUCCCCCAGGUCCUCCGGAGCCGAGCUCCACUCCUGUGCGAGUGCGUGGUGACGUUUUUCACAUGGAAAAUCAAGAGACCCCCGGCCAUCCUACUCUCCCUGUUCCUCAGAUCGUAGUCGGGCCUCAGGGUCCAGCUGGUCCUGUCGGCCCCUCAGGCCCUCCAGGACUGAGAGGACCUGCAGGGAUACCAGGCCUGCCGGGAAAAGAUGGAAAAGAAGGGCUCCAAGGAAGGCAUGGGGAUUCUGGACCUAAAGGAGAUCCAGGGAUAAGGGGGCCUUCAGGAGUGUCAGGCGAGCUUGGCCGACCUGGAACACCAGGGCCAAAAGGAGAGCCAGGAGAGGGUUUGAGGGAGGGUGAGGCCAUGCAACAGCUCAGGGAGGCCCUGAAGAUCCUGGCUGAGAGGGUCCUGAUCCUGGAGCACAUGAUAGGCGUUCAUGAGAACUCUGAAGGUUCUGGGUUCGGCCGCAUUUCCGACCCCCUGUCUUUCUCAGCUAUUAAGACAAAGCGCCUUCAGCCGGAGCAAACCCCUCUUCUGGCUCCAGUACCGGGGGAGAGACAAAGAAGAACUCCUCUUUAAGAGUAUAUUCUAAUUGUGUACGUAUGUGUAUAAUUGUGAUGGAUGUGGCCAUUUGUUCUUGACUGGAACGCAGAGUUUUUGUUUAUACCAUGUUUCUUAUAUUAUCACAGUUUAUUGUCCCAUUAUUGCAUCUUUACAGCUGUAAAAACGGAGAGAUGUUGAUCAUUUCAUCAACAUGAAAGGCUUUAUUGAGCCUUUUUGACCCUAUUGCUGCAUGAUCUUCUAAUCUACUUAACCUUAGCAGUAUCACUUGUUCAAAUGUCAUACAAUAAAAUGUUAUUUCAUAAAAUG